AGAAGGAGGGUCCAUCCUCCACCUCCCCCUCAGAGAGAGAGAGGAAGGGGGGGAGACAGAGAGAGAGGAGCUGGUGGAUUGGGGUUUCCUCAGGUGUUUAGCUCCAGUCAUGGCCGGGAAUUCAGAGAAAGUACCUAUCGCCUCAGCGGGACCAGAGGACCUGCAUCAGUUCAUGCCUCCGGCUUACUCCGCCGUGGCGGUCAAACCUGCCGCCACCGGCCGCCUCCUGAAGGCCGGGAUCGCGGUGCUCAUAGCCGGAGCCCUCCUGCUUCUGCUGGGAGCAGUCGGAGCUUUCUACUUCUGGAACAACAACGAAAAACAUGUCUACAAUGUCCACUACAGCAUGAGCAUCAAUGGCAAAGUGGAGGAGGGUUCAAUGGAGAUCGACACGGCCAACAACAUGGAGAGGUUCAGCACCGGCAGCGGGUCGGACGAGGCCGUCGAGGUCCACGACUUUGAGAUUGGGAUCACAGGGAUCCGGUUUGCAGGAGGAGAAAAGUGCUACAUCAAGACGCAGGUGAAAGCUCGCCUGCCUGAUGUGGAGGCUCUGAACAAGGACGCUUUGACGUUUGACCUGGAGGACGAGGUGAUGCCGGCCAAGUUUGAGGACGAUCUGAUCUGGGUGGCGGCCGACACUCCCCUCUCGGACUCCACCUUCCUCAGCAACAAGAUCAAGGACUUGUGUGAAGAUCUACCAAUUUUCUGGCUUCGCCCCACCUACUCAGCCAGCAGCCAGAGGAAGAGGAGGGCUGCCCCCCGCCAGCGCCGGCAGUCAGCCGGGGUCGAAGAGGAGGAGGACGUGGAGGCAGAGUUCAACCCGGAGAACCCCUAUCAGAGAGGCCUCGAGGGCGAGCAGGGCACCAUGGACAUCGACCCCAUGCUGGACCACCAGGGCGUGUGCUGCAACGAGUGCCGUCGCGGCUACACCCACUGCCAGAGGAUCUGCGAGCCCCUGGGCGGCUACCACCCGUGGCCCUACCACUACAGGGGCUGCAGGGUGGCCUGUAGGAUCAUCAUGCCCUGCAAGUGGUGGGUGGCUCGCAUUCUGGGUCUGGUGUAAACACCCCCUAACCUGAGAGAUGGUAAAGUCCAGGAGGGGGGGAGUCAGGGAGGGGAGGGGAGGGGGGUUCCAAGGGAGGGGAGAUGAAGGGAAGAAAAGGGAGAUGGUGGUUUUGUUAUUCUCAUCUACUGUAGGCACCUGAGCAGAUCGGAGCAAAACGAACAGCAGCAGUGAGCGUGUCCACAGUCUGAAUGCAUGGUGCCGAAUCUGGGACAGUCGUGAUCUCACAUGUGAAGGUACGCAGUGUCUUCACGCUGCUCGGCUCGUCUUAUUAAAAAAACAUAGCAGCUAUCGAUUUAGAUCCCUCUGAAGUGCGGCGCAACAUGCUGUCAGAAUGAAUAUACAGUAACUUAUGAUAAGCAGCAUCCAGCGGCUCCACACCAUUUUAAAGCAUGUAUAACACCACCUAUUUAUCUAUAGGAGAAGCUUGUAUUUAUAGUCUUUCACUCUUUGCUUUCUGUAAAUAAAUGUAUAGGGAAGCUCAAUAGCAGCCACCUGCCCUGAAUAGCAUCUACUGCUUGUUUUACCUAUUAUCAAUUUAGCGAGAAAUAUUUUUGACUGCUGUGUUUUUCCCAUUUGUUCUUGUGAGUAGCUCUCAUUAAAACAAUCUACUGUUUGCUUCCUCUCACAAACUUUCAUCUAAACGUAUUUUUAUCUGCAUUGAAGAGGCUAUAUCAAAGUGCAAUAUCAGUGAAUAAACUUUUUUAAGUAAA